UGGGUUUCUCCUGCCAGAGCUCCCCUUUGCAUUUGGAGUGUGGACUCGGGCGCGGCGAACAAUGGCCCGGUGGCGGCUCGCCCUGCUCGGCUGCCUGGUUCUCGCCGGCUUCUGCAGCAAAGGAGCGGAUGGCCUCGAACUUCACGUGCCAAAGGUAGUAGAGGCAGAAGUUGGGAAAGAAGCCAGCAUCGCCUGCAACUUCUCCAUCCCCGAGAACAGCACGUAUGCCUACAUCAAGUGGUUUUAUAUGGAGAAAAACGAACGGAAGGAGAUUUUGUCCAAGAACCAGGUUGGGGUGGAGCACAAGGAGUCAGACAUGAAAGAGCGCAUAGACAUGAGUGACAGCUUUGCCCUGAUCAUUAGCAAGGUGACCCCAAAGGAUGCCAAGACAUAUCUCUGCCAGGUCGGAGCUGGUAGUGCUGGCUUUGCAGAGAAGCAGGCGGAGCUGCGUGUCUCAAAGGCUCCAGAUACAUCAGUGACAGUGGCGAGCGAGGGGAUCGGGGCCUCGAAGGAUGAGCUUUCUAAGAUUGCGACAUGCAUCAGCCAGAAUGGCUACCCAACUCCAUCCAUCACGUGGUACAAGGACCAGCACCCUCUGGAAUCCAAUGGAGCAGAUACUGACAUCCGCAAGGCGGUCACCAGGGAAUCCAGUGGGCUCUUCACAGUCAGCAGUAUUCUCUUCCAGCGAGUCACCAAAGAGGACCGGCACGCUUUUUACCACUGCCAAGUUGACUACCACAUGAUGGGGGUCAACCAGACAUCCCAGACGGACAGAUUCCAAAUCAAAGUGCUUUAUCCAUCUGAGAACAUCAGUUUCGUCAUCGACAGCCCCAGCAAGGAGCUGAAGGAAGGUGACCUCGUGACGCUACGCUGCGAAGCCGAUGGGAAUCCGGAGCCUGAUUACACCAUUUUCAGAGAGGAGGACGAGCCACUAGAUGCCCCCUAUGGAGAACUGACCCUCGAGCACGUCACAAAAGAGGACAGUGGCCUUUACUACUGCCGGGUGACUGAUUUUGACAGCAUGAAAGAGCUGGAAGCCAACGUUAGCUUGUCCGUUAACUAUAUUGAUGGACUCACGAUCACCCCAGAGCACCACGAAGCCUUGAAGGAAGGGGAAGAUAUGCACCUCACCUGUGACGCAAAAGGCUCCAAGCAUUUGGAAUUCAAGUGGAAAAGGAAAGGGAAAGUGAUGGCCAGAGGAAAGAAACUGUCACUGCUCAACGUCACCCAUGAGACUUUGGGCAACUACAGCUGUGUCGUCACAAUGCCGGAAGUGGCGGGGCUGACCCAAUCCAAACACGUCUUUGUCAACGUUUAUUCAAAGCCCAGCCUGACUGGGGAAGUGCACCAGGAAUACGUCCAACUGAACGAGCUCGCCAGCUUCUCCUGCAUCGCGGUUGCGGUACCCAAAGCCGCCAUUUUGUGGAGCUCACCCAAUGGAACGAGUGGACAUUGGCACCGGACCGGCCACGUCAACAGCACACUUCAGAUCCGGGUCACUCCUGAACUCCUGAGAUCUGGACUCAACUGCACAGCCCAAAAUAACCUUGGCAUGGCCGAGCAUCAUUUCCGUCUGCAGAAGAGACCAGAAACAACACCUCCCACCAGGAUUGAUCCGCAGACACAAGAGAGCAGAGGCGUCAUCAUUGUGGCUGUCGUGGUUGGGAUCCUGGUGAUUGCCGUGUUGGGGGCAGUCCUUUACUUCCUCCAUAAGAAAGGGAAGCUCCCCUGCAAACGCUCCGGCAAGCAAGAGAUCACGAGGCCCGAAGCACACAAAGACGAGAUUGUAGUUGAAGUUAAGUCAGAUAAACUUCCCGAAGAGGCGGGGCUUCUGCAGGGCAUCAACGGCGAGAAGAGAUCCGCAGGUGACCAGGGAGAGAAAUACAUCGAUUUGAGGAACUGAGGAAGAGAGACGGCGCUGCGCUUUCCCCCAGAUGACUUCACGUGUCCCUUUGACUGCCUCUUGCCCCCUGCUCACGAGUAGCCAGAGUCUUUCAGGCUCAGCACCUUGAGUUUGUGAGAUAACCCCCCGAGGAAGAACGCUGAGCUGAAGGAUUUUGACUAGGUGACCAGAUCUUUCCAAGCAGGCAGGGUGUCCUUACAGGCCCCCUCCCCUCCUCCCAAAAAUAUUUUAAAAGGGUCUCUCUGUUCUGGAGCUGGACUGUAGGGAAACAUGUUCUAAAAGUGUUUGCUGGUGCAAGAUCCGGUUGCUUUUAUUUGUGAAACUGAUCUACAAAAGCUAAAUGCUCCCCAGACCUGGUGGGGCAGGUAUCUGCCUGUAAUUGGAAUUCAUUGUCCAACUGCUGAAGCUCAAUGUUAAGAGAGUGAACUCCAGUUGAAAGUGCAGAAUGAGAGAAUGGCCAGGGAGAGGCACAGUUGACACCCAGGGUUGUGCAGAGAGAGCAGUUUGCACUCAGGACUUGGUUUUUGCACACAAGGUGCACAGUUAAAGACACGGUUGAAUAGACUGAGGUGGUUGCGUGAAGCUGCAAUCCCUGCAUCCCUCUAUUUUGGCGGCAGGAGGGCUUAUUUGUGGGUAACGUAUAUCGGUUAAGCAAGCACACGGAAAGGGCUUUUUCCUGCACUGUAGCAGUUAUGAUAGCGACAUGGUCUCCCUUUUGUACAAACUUCAUCAGCACGUUUAUUUUUCCUUUUUGCCCCCAAACUACAUCUGUACUUGCCCCCCCCCCCCCCCCCCCCCAAAUAACGAAGGCCAGGCUCACUUCUGAAAAGUCUCAUCAAAACUUUGCAAAACCUUUUUUCACAACAGCAGAAAACAAGGCACGUAAAUGCAUGCCAAGCAGAAGUAGAGAUUUCUAUUUUUUCCCCUUGAAUUCCCUACCUUCUUCAAGAACUUGGGCAGAUGCCUAAAAGAAGACGGCUCUUGGACACAAAAUGUGUCACAGAGACAUUCUCCUUAAUUACGCUUUGCCAGAAGCAAAAAGGCCCCCUUUUCUGUCCCACCUCCAAAAGUUCUCUGCUUCUCUUCUCUUUUCCUCCUGCACCCAUCUCAAGUUUUCAGUGGACACAGACAGAAGUAGAGUUAAAGCGCCCAUUUAUUUUCAUGGAGGCUGCUUUUCUAAUUCUCCACAACCACAGCAGUGGGCCAGCCUCUAGUGCAAAAAAACCUGCAAGGAUUGCAGACUGCGCUUUAGGCAAUGUGUCGUGUGCCAGCUAAUUGACAGGCAAAUUCAUUCACACACCCAACCCAACCCCCCCCCCCCCAAAAAAAAAUCCUAGGGAGAGAAGGGAAUGUUGUACUUUUACCUGUAAGCUCGAAAGUUAUCAAACAAAAAAGCUUUUGUUAUAUAUAUAUAUAUUUGUUGAUGUGUGUGUAAAUUUAAGAGUGUCUGAGUUUCAGGGUUUUUUAUAUAUGUUAUAUAUGUAUAUGAAAAUAAAGUUUAAAAGGUC